CCUCAACCAAAUCAAAAACCCUAAUUUUCCCACCAAUCAGAUCCUCCACAAUUAUCCCACCGACGAACCCUAUCAAUCUCUCUAGAUGACUGAAGAUAGUGGUAAAUCAGUGUCGGAACAAACCCGACCCGUUUUGGGUGAUUUGACGAAUCUUCCAAGCAAAAGAGGGAUUUCAUCGAUUCUGGGUGAUUUGCUUGAUGAAUCUGGUAAGACCAUUGCUCAUGAAGUUUCAAGAGAGAAGUUUUCAAAGAGGUUGUGUUUAGUUGUAGAUGAUUUGGUUAAGGAAAAUGCUAGACCUUUGGAUACAAUUGAAGGGUCUUCUUCGUUUGAUAAGAAUACUUCUGGUGAUUCUCUUGACAAAGAAGAAUCUGAGGAAUAUCAUGAUGCUGUGAUGGAAUUCUCCAGUGGUGAUGGCAAAGCUUUGAAGGAAAGCAAGUCUGUACAGAUCUAUUUUGAACCUGGUGAUAGAGACGGUGCACGAGAGUUUAACGCGGCUGCUAAUGCGAAUCAAACCGAUGUCACUGGUGAAGGCUUGGCUUUAUCUCUGUUACCUAGCAAUACCGAGAGCAGGAAUGUAUUGAAUACUGGGAAGGAGUUGUCUGAUUGUCAGAAUUUGAGAUCAUUUGAAAUGAGUAGAUGCUCGAAUGUUAACAGUAAGGAGCAUGUGAAUCUGAAUACAGGAGAUGACUUGCUAAAAUCUUGCUGUUGUUCAUUCUGUCUCCACGCUUCGUACAUGUGGUCAGAUCUUAAUUACCAGGAUACCAAAGGUCGAUUAUCCGCUAUGAAGAAGAGUCAGAAAGCAGCUAGCAACUUGAUUCAAAGGAAUGCUAAAGAAAGACCUACGGAUUUUCAUGUCACGGAAAACUCCGUUAGUUCUGCAAAACAAGAAUCCAAGCUCAUGGCCCAGUGGAGGUCGCUCUUUCUUAGCAUGGGCGAUAUCCUGGCUCAAGAGAAUAGCCACCUUCAAAAUAGCUUUGUGAGGAUGAAAAAAUUGCGAGAAGAUUGCAGGAUGGAUAUAGAGAGAGCAAUGAAAACACCUAAACACAACACCCAAUGCUUAAAAUCGUAAAUGGUUAUGUAUUUGUGCAACUCUUGUUGGUGUUGUUAAGUUCUUCUAUCAAACUUCUUUGUUUUCUUCAAGACCACAGUUACAAAACACAAGUCUCUUUGUGAUUCUUUGGCAUUGAGAAUUUGAGACCAUUCUGUUUUACUCUGUUAUGACUUAGAAUAAGACCCAAGUAUAAGG